GGUCGGCGAAUCGGCUGUGCGCGCGCUUUUCCACGGCACACCGCCGCUGCCGACGCCGCAGUUGUUCACCGACACGUAUCCGGCGCUGUCCACAAGCCGUCGUCUUCCGCCACCCGCCUCGUCCAAAAUUCCGCCGUUACCGUUAACCGUCUGAUCUUGUCACAUCGGGUGUCCGCCGCCCACCAUCUCCCCCGAGCGCUUCGAACGUACCACGGGUCUACCGACCUGACGACCGACCGCGGUCCGAACCGCAAACAGCUCGUCCCGGACCGUUACACCGCGCGCGGUAACGCGUUCCCCGACGACGCGGACGUGUCGCAGCACAGCAGUCACCACGACGAGCCGACGACAUGAGAUGCAGCUGGCCGCCAGACGGAUCCGAUGGAUGUGCUUGUUGUGCGCGUGCGCGCUGGCCGAUCAACACGUCAACACCGCCACCAGCAACGGCACACAAACAGGGUUGGGGGAUCAGUGUUUCCAAGACGACACGUGCCAGAUGCACGACAAGCACGCGGUGUGCGCACAGGUGGACCACAACGCGAUAUGCAAGUGCAAACAGGGCUACCACAUCGUCACCGUGUCCAGGCCUACCAACGCCAGGAGCAGUUUUUGCGCCCAAGAUGAUUCGGACGGCAAAGCUGGCGGUUCAUCGCUUCUCGGCGUCGUAGUCGGCCUGUUAGUGUUCUCGGCGCUCAUCUGCUUCGGGCUACGGCUGUCCACGGUCUCCAGGCCUCGGCACUUCCCGACCACCAACUUAUAUCCGAACAAGCUGCUGUGCUCACGUCAAACUAAAGCUUCAUCGAGUAAACAUUACGGCACGUCGGACUCCGCGGCGGCGGCGGCGGCGGCUGCUGCGGGGGCCAACGGACAACAAGAGGACGGGAGCAGCGCCGGCCAGUCGUCGGAGCCUAAAGACGACGACACCAGCAGGGUAAGCGCUGCCAGAGCAGCUGCUUUCAUAUUGAUCUCUUGCCGGCCGUCUACCACGGAGUCGCCGACGGCAUCCCCGGGCAGGGUGAAAAGGGCGAAAAAAUUGGGUUACGGCCGCACCGGCAGCGAUCCAGCUGUGCACAGUACAUCUUCCAUGAAAACGUACAAUUUGAAAUGGUAUCAAAGGGACCAGCAGCGAAGGCAUUCCACAAAGAACAGAGAAGCCAAAGGCACUCCGCCUAGUCAUUGUUCGACUGAACAACUAAUACAAAACUGUUCCAAAGAAGAAUGUUCCAGAAACAGCCAAAGCACGUUGAAUUCCAAAGACAAGUCGAAAGCGUCGUCGGUGAGUCGUAUCGAGCACAAAGCGCUGGUUCAUCACUCGGCCGUGAGUAGCAGCCCGGACGCUGCGGUAACCAUCGAGUUACCGGAACAACAGCCGGAAGGUGUUGCACGAGGAACGCGAUGAAAUGGAGCAUGUACCUACAACCGUUAAUACCACUAAAACACGACACCUGAACACUUCUACCGCGUACAAAAUCUGUACUGCGAAUGCAACGACUGCAACCUACUGUCUUCUACUACUGUUGCAGGAGACGAAGAGAAAACGAUAUAAAGAACAGUUCCGGACGUCCCACGAGGACAUACGGCGCAGGUGUCAAAACGUGCGCACCACGUUUACUUGUUAAGCAUACAUUAUAUUAUUACCGUUAAUGUUAUUAUUAUACGGCUAGCGACCUCAUCGUCGAGUGUUGUCACGUGCUGUCACCACGUCGCCGUGUCCGAGUCGUUUUAAUCAACUCAAAAUUCAAAAUUAAUACUUCCACUACGAAAUUCGUUAUACAAGGAAAAAUAUUUUUAUAUUAUUUUUUGUAUAAGUUUUUUUUUAAGUAUAUAUUUAU